GAGCAAUACGUCCGUUGGAAUCUGAAGUGACGAACGUCUUGGCGCGUACUCCAGCAUUACUUUGCGGCUCAACAUUUACGCAAGGACCACCGCUCCAACAAAUAACACGGGUCGGUGCCACAGCGUGACAUCAAGUAUGAUGAUGGAGCGUCUCAGACGCCCGUCCGCCAAGGAACAAGCUUCCCGGCAAGACGGCACCACGCGUCACAACAGCCGCGAACAACAGCGAUGUAACGAAGGAUCCAACUUUGACUCCACGAAUGGACAGGAUGACAACGAAAGGGGGGUGAGGAAGGAAAUAAGGAGCAAGUACAGAGACCUCAUCGAUUCAGUUCAUCGAAAUAGAGAAGAUUUACUGAGUCCUUCAAACAACAAACUUACAGAGGUUUUAGAAGAGGCGGACAAGCUUUUUGUGAAUGUGCGAGAAACGAGCGAAGCGGUGUUGGAUUCCAAGUUUGUCGUCGUGGCCACAGACCUGAAUGACGAGAAAGCCAGCCAGAUGCGAGAUGAGGACAGUGCUUUUGACUUGACGGCUUUUGCUGAGCACCUUCUUACCUUCAUGGGUCUCAACCGGCUUGAAAGUGACGGGGAAGAGCAGAGUGAAGAUCAACUCGAUGGCUACUUGCCCAGCGACGCCUGGCAUAGACUGGCCCGGAGAGCCGAGGACUGUUUUAGGACAGCGCCGACCUUCCGCUACAUGUUGGGUUCCUUCCAUGCUGAGCCACCCCCUCCAAAGCAACGGAUAGAACGACAAAGGAGACCCCCCGGCAAGGAAGCAAAAAGGAUCAUGCCCACUCAGCUGAAAAAGAUGGAAGAAGCUGAACAAGAAGCCACAGAGAAAGAGGUCGAGAGGAUCCUCGCCUGCCUAAAGCGUUAUCAUCAAGAUGACCCAUCGUCGCCGAUACCAUAUUACGAAUUUGUCAUUGAUCCCGACUCCUUUCCACGAACGAUCGAGAAUAUGUUCCACACGUCGUUCCUAGUCAGGGAUGGUUUGGCACAAAUAUGUUUGGAUCAAGACAAGUUGCCUAAUAUAGCUCCGGUGGAGGAGGUGGGGAUGGAAAUAUCGGUAGAUGCCGUAGGAUCAGACAACCGUAAUGCAUCUAUUGUUUCAAUCAGCCCAAAGAUCUGGAAGGAGCUCAUCGAUACCUUUGACAUCAGGGACGCCAUGAUUCCGCCUUUAAACAAUCAGUGAAGGAACAAACAUGUCACCCGGGACUCAAUGUUACUUUUGUAUGUUUCUGAUUUGUUUGAAUUAUAAAGUUAUUUGGUGAUGAUAUUGUACAUUUUUUAUUCCAAUAAUAAAAGACAGAAAACUA